AUGAGAGAGGAUAAUCCGAAUUGGUUCGUCAGAUGGGAGGAGGAGCUUCCAUCGCCGGAAGAGCUCAUCCCUAUCUCUCAAACCUUAAUCACUCCUCAUCUAGCUCUCGCUUUCCAAAUCGGAAGCCCCAACAAUCUCGGAUCCAAGAAAACCGCGUUUUAUCACCAGAAGCUUCAACCCGUCGCCGCUCCAACUCCGACGACAACAACUCCUCCGCAAAUGAUGAUGAGUUCUGAUUUCGGCGGGGGAGAUUCGACGGACCUCGGCUCAGGAUCAGGAGGUGGAGGGGAGGAGCCAGCGAGGACGCUGAAACGACCGCGUUUAGUGUGGACGCCACAGCUGCACAAGCGUUUCGUGGACGCGGUUGGACAUUUAGGGAUCAAAAACGCAGUCCCGAAGACGAUAAUGCAGCUGAUGAGCGUGGAAGGGUUGACGAGAGAGAACGUAGCGAGUCAUCUCCAGAAAUACCGUCUCUACCUCAGGAGAAUGCAAGGCGGAGGAGGGAACGGUCACGGAAUCUCCGGAGGAGGACACGUCAUCGUCUCCGACUCGGCCACCGAUCGGCUCUUCGCCAGCUCUCCGGUUCCGGCGCAUUUCUUGAGCCCGGUUCGGGUGAGUUCUGAGUACUUGAUGCCGUCGUUGGAGCAUUCGUAUUUGGGGAAGCAUGCGAUUACUCAGCAGCAACACCAAGUGGUUCGUAAUCUGAGGUAUGAAGAUUCUGAACAUGGCAAUGGAGAUGGUGGCAGGAAGAUUCUUAAGCUCUUUUAA